AUGGCAUCGUGUUACUAUGCAACACUAGUUGGCGGUCAGUGUGGACCUAGUUCGUACAAUCCUUCUAUUGUAGAAUGCGUAACAAUCAAGGAUUGUAAUAAGGACAUUUUAAACCAUUGCUCACAAUAUAAAAUUAGUAACGAUUGUGGCCUGUCUGGAAGUGAAUCAAUGUUACUUCUUGCUCGUGCAGGUAACGUCACCGAAUUUAAUGUUUAUUUUUUCAUUCUUUGACUUUGUUGACUUACUGUUUGCAAAUUUUAAAGAUUGUAACUAAAACGUAUCGGUAUUCUUUAGGAAUUUUUGAAAUCGACGAGUCAUACAUGAAGAUGACAGUGUGUCCUUUACAUCGAGAUUUGUAUGGCAUUCGCUGGAGGUGCAACAAGACCAGAUGCUCAAUUCGAAAUGACCUUGCAGCACAUAAAUCUUUAUCCGUCAAAGCUCAAUGUGGACUGACAACUUUAUUAUCAUCUUUUAUUUUUAACAAGACCAAGAUAUUUAUUCCUGUGGGAACAGGUACGAGGUUAAUUUAUUCAGUACAUCUAUUUCCUGCGUAUAAGGUCGGCAGGAAACGUGAGAGAAGUAUGAGGAUAUUUUACUAUGCAUGCACAAGUAGUGCAGGUUUUGUUUUUAACUGAAUUUCUACGUUUUUUUGUAGAAUGAAGAAUUUACUUAUACUAAACUUUUAGCAGCAAUGCCUUUAUUUUACAGGAUAUACAGUAUACUGUAUACGUUAAUUUUUUGCUUGUUUUAGGGAUAUGCAGGAGCUGUAAAGAACAUUUAGCUCAUCUGGCAACAGAAUGGAGAACUAGUAAUUUAGUGUCAACUGACGACGAAUCAAGUAACUGCUUAGAAUUAUCAACAUCUCUGCCGCAGAUUAACGCAGAACAGCCGGUAAUAAGAAACAAGUUUAACUUUAUCACGAGCCAUGAUCCACGCAUUACAUUUUAACAGCUUCUAUUCUUUAUUAGGAAGACAGUAAUACUGGUACGUCAGAUGAACUUGUUGAAGAAAUGGAUAAACUUGUACUUAACGAGACCAGGUGGAGCAUCUUCUCUCCAGACACUGCAAGUACUACAUCAUCAUCAUCUUGUGACGUCACCGAUGUUUCUUCUUCAUUGGUUGCUAGAAGAAAAUAG